CGGCGCCGCAGUCAGCCGACGGCCGUGGCAAUCAUUCGCCGCCAACUUAUAUAUAGAGUGGUAUAUGGUUCAACGUGGCGACCGCCAGCUGAUCGACCGGAAUGCCGUGUCUGCCUACUACUCUGACCACCACCGGCGACCGACCACAUCAUCGCGGCCAUCGGAAUAGAUAAGAUGUUAUCACACGUAUUAUAUUAUGUUAUUAUAUUAUAUUUAAUUGUAUUGUGUCCGGUAGCUGACCAGAGACGUCUAGUCAGCUCCCAUCUUAUUUUCAGCCGUCUUUAGGUCUAGUAAUUAUUACAGUAUUAUUGUUUACGUUUGUGUCACCACUCAUUAUUAUACUCCUGACAUUGCGAGUACGUCGUGUCAACUACUACACACGAAAGAACAUGCGCCAACAAACAAUGUAUGAGGAAAACGAUUCUGAGCGAAAACGAAAAAUGAAGAAUGGAAAAUUACAAUGUCAUCUAAAACUUACAUUCUGUUUCACCAUGAUGUGCUUCAUUCAAUUUUUGGUUGGAUGUUUGUAUACAUUUUCAUCUACACUUUUGGCGCAACUUCGAGAACCUUCGUCAACAAUUCAUUUGAGUAUCGAAGAGGAAUCUUGGAUAACCAGUAUUACGAUAAUUAUAUGUCCGAUCGGUCUACUCAUAAUUGGAAUUUUAACGGACAAAUUCGGUAGAAGAAAAGCUACUCAAAUUAUAUGCGGACCUAUGGCAUUAGGUUGGCUAAUAAUUGCAUUUUCUAACUCUUAUACCACACUAUUAAUUGGAAAAAUUAUACUUGGAAUCCCGUUUGGAGUGAAUACGUGCGCUUUUCUCUACAUUUCCGAACUUUGCCCGACCAACCUGCGGCCGCUGUACAUAACGCUAGUCCCCUUUAGCGUUGGCCUGGGCAUGUUGGUGGAAUGCAUAUUGGCCAUAUACUGCCGGUGGCAAACCAUAUCCGCUAUCCUGUUGGCAAUCAGCGUGGUCAAUUUCCUAACAUUGUUCAUGGUUCCGGAACCACCAAUUUGGCUCAGGGCCAAGGGCCGAGUUGCCGAGGCGGACGAGGUGGACAGGUGGUUGGACUUGGGCCACAUGACACACGCGUUAGAUGCAUCGGCUGAUGUGAUCGAACAGUCAGCCUUGACCAUGGAGAUGGACGAAAACAUGCACGCCACGCCCGAAGCACCAACGUCAUUGUCGUCGUCGCCGUACUGGUCGCUUUUCUUGCGGCGCAACGUGUGGUUGCCGACGGUGGUCACGCUGACUUUCUUUGUCUGCCAGCAAUGCAGCGGCGUAUACGUGCUGCUGUUCUACUCGAUGGACGUGGUCAGGGACUGCAAGAUGCCAUGGGACAGCAACACUGUUUCGCUGUUCCUGUCUUUGGCCCGGGUGAUAGGUGUCCUGAGUUUCGCGGCGAUGCACCGAGUCCCGUGCCGGACGCUAGUUAUGGUUUCCGGCGGAUGUAUGGCCAUCUCACUGCUCACAGUAGUUGCCUACAUGAAGGCGUUCGUGGGCGUCCAGGACCCGCCGUUUCAGAUGACACUCAUUGUUGCGUUUGUAAUGUUCAUGUUUUUCGCCCUGCUGGGCAUUCUGCCCAUACCUUGGAUGCUAUGCGGCGAAGUUUUCCCGAUGGCAGUUAAAGGUGUUAUGAAUGGAGUUGUACACUCAUGUGGAUAUGUUAUCUGGUUUAUAAUUUGCAAAAUAUAUCCAUCGCUGAUAUUAAAUUUAGGAGUGGAAACCAUUUGGUCAAUAUUCGCUUUAUUUUGUAUAUUAAACGUGUUAUUUGCCAUAUUUAUUAUGCCCGAAACUAAGGGGAAAAGUCUAGACGAAAUAUUGUUAUAUUUCGAACCACAGGAGAAAAUAAGAAAAUCGACAUUCCGUAAUCGACGUUAAUUAUGUACUUAUGGAAAACAAACAUAUUUUUUACUAUAGGUUUUUUUAUGGUUAAAUUUAAGCAUCAAUACAUAGAUAUCGUUUUAUUUUAUUAGGUUAUAAUUAGUUCUACUAAAAUUGUACUAACUAAUUAAUGAAAUAUUUGCCAAUUGUUUACUAUUGAAAAUCAACAUCUCUUACGAAGGAAAAUAAAAAUAAUUUUAAUUGCUUCUGGAACUGUACGUGUACACUCUAUUUAACUAUAUAAGAUUAUCGUUUAUCUAUUGCGGUAACUCGAUUUUUAUUACAUAAGCUGAAUCACCGCGUGGUAUGUAAUCCAAAUGUAUUUUUACUUUUCAUCAAUAAUAUAAAUUGGUAUGAAUUUAACAAAAACAAAUUAAAAUAAUAUUCAACGUCAGGACUAUGAAGUUUUAAAUUCGUUGUUAUCUUCUAAUCUCAAAUACUUGAGCUAUUAUCAACGACAAUAUAAAAACCGAUUUAAUUGGCUUAUUAAUUAGUGGUACAAAUUAAGAGGUUUAAAUACAAUUUUGUGUAAAGACUGGGACAUUUAUUUCGUGGACAAAGCACAAUCAUUGGCUAUCGUAAUAUAAUUGAUCAGUUAUCAGGGUUUUUGUGUCUUGAUUGUUAAUUUUUUUUUAACUCUCAAAAUGUUCACCAAACGUCAAUUACGUUAUUAAAUACUAAAUAAACACAUCCAAUAAAAAUA